CCCAAGCAAUCGCCUUUUCUGUACCUGUCGCGCACGAAACGAUGGCUCUGACCACAUCCAUUAUAACAGUCCUGCUGGCCACGACAUGCCUGGCCGGAAGCAACAUCCCGCAAAAGCGGCAGUUUCCAGGUGGCUGUACGAGUCCAGUUCAGCGACGAUCAUGGUCAUCUCUCAGCUCAGACGAGAAGCUGGCGUACAUCAAUGCCGACAAAUGUCUCAUGAACACGCCGGCUCAGCAUGGUAUACCAGGAGCAGUAUCCGUGUGGGAUGAGAUCCAGUAUGCGCAUAUUCGGAACAUGAACUGGAUCCAUGGUGUGGGUCAAUUCCUGCUCUGGCAUCGAUACUACGUGACCGUGUACGAGCGCCUCAUGCAGCAACACUGCGGCUGGACUGGCGGAGUUCCCUAUUGGCGCAUCUCCACCGACGCCGACAACAUCCUCGCCUCGCCCAUUUGGGACACCACCACGGGUCUUGGCGGUAAUGGAGCAUUCGGUAACGGCUGCAUCACGGACGGGCCAUUCGUCAACACCACGCUCCGGUUUCACGAUGAUGGCACCGCUGGAGAGCCGUACUGUAUCACCAGAAACAUCAAUGCUGAGACAUAUAGGGGAUCCGUGCAGGGUGAGAUCGAUUCUUGUAUGCAGAGUCAGGAUUUUGCGCAGGCGCAUGCCUGCUAUGAGAAUACGGUGCAUGCUUCGGCGCAUCAGGGAACCGGUGGAAUGGCGGAUGCACUCACAGCGCCAGGCGAUCCAAUAUUCUUCCUUCACCACACUAACCUUGAUCGCCUCUUCUGGGAAUGGCAGCAGACCAAUCCCGCCCAUCUUACUGAUAUCUCCGGCUCCAACACACCGUCAGACGACUUUAAUCGUGGCAACAACUGGGCGCCGCCCGGACCUGAGUUCACGCAAUUCUCGGGAGACAACGGACCCAUGACCACGAUGGGACAUGUGCUGUGGAUGAUUGGGAUCUUGCCGAAUGUGACAAUCGGAGAUGUGAUGGAUUUGAGGGGAGCGACGAUAUGUGCGGAGUAUGUGUGA